UUUCCUGGGUGAAAUUAUAGUAUUAAAAUGAAUUAUCACAUAGCAAAUAUUUAAGAAAUGAAAAAAUACAGACUUUUCUUCCAUAAAAAAGAAAACUUCUUUUGAAACCCAGAAUCCUGAAAUGUUGAAGACCUAUGAGUCUACUAAAAAGAGGUUACUGUAUUAAAAUAGUCCUGUUUUAAUGCUGGGGGUUUUUUCCUCUUAUGGCCCCCCAAAAGGAAUUCGGUCAACUGUCUUUAUUCACAGUAAUCGUGUCCGAUUAAGUCUCCGUAAAUGCUGACGUAUCCAGUACUGAAACACUGCUUUCAGGGGAAAACCAGGAUUAGGUUCCUGUGAGCCUCUGCUCAUAACAUUUUUGUGAUCUGAUCAAUACACUCCCUUGUUUGAUGUUUGUUUCUGUUUAAAGACGCCUUAUUUAAUUUUGAACUCAUGCCAACAGCACUAUAACUCGUGCUUGAACGAAGCUUACAUAACAUGUGUAUUUUCUCUGGAAGACACGUCACAGCCUUGUUGUGCUCUGGAAUCCUAGACAGGACUUCAGCCCUAUGCUUGCGGGCCAUUUUGAAUAGCGACAUCACCAACAAAAAGCACAAAAAUGCAAAGAAUGUGGCACUAAAUAGACCAAGAAAAGGACAUUUGUUGACAGUAUGAGAGCUGAAACAAGAAGGUGGAGGGUAGCCUUGUCCGAUGCCAGCUGGUAACAUGCAUCUUGGAGGCUCAAGUGUUUUUACCACUCUGUGCAUGUCAGUGAAUGACCACGAACACGCUGAGAGUGCUGAUUCGGGGGGUUGCAAGUAAAUUUUAGCGAGUAGGCAAAUAAGCAAAUACAGAAUCCAAAGAUAGCAAAGAUCGACCAUAUUUAGAAAAUACACUUAUAGAAAUUCAAGUGAAUUGGGUGCAAGUUAUGGGAGAUAUUAAUGGCCAUGAGUAGUCAUAGAUAGGAACAUUAGCGUUGUCCUGUCUUACUCAUUCCUGACCCCUAUGCCUCCUUUUAGCCCAACGACCAAGACACUACUUCUGGAAGCGUAUGCUUUCAAAUUGACAUUAUAAAGGGCUCUCUCUUUGGGGACAGGGUAAGGGGGUCAGUCUGAUGCUUAGUGAAGUAAGGUGAUUGGUCAAAGAUCAUAGGGCUGGUUAUUGAUAGAUGUAGGACAAAAUACACUCAAGUCCUGUUCUUCAACCCCAUUUUGACCUCAUACCUCCAGCUUCUUACACCGCUGCACUGUAGAGAAAGAGACCCAGGCUUUGUGUGCUGCUGACAACAAGGAAAACCUCACUGGAAACAACACAGAGUGCCUGCUGAAUGAGCGUCCUUUGAUAGCUUUCUCUAUAUAUAGUAAUCUCAUUUAGACAUUUACUGUCUCUCUGCGGCAGGUAAACUACAGAGAUUUAUCUGCCUGAAACCACUACUAACAGCUGGAUUACGUCAUCCACCAUUUUUCUACAAAACAAAGAAGAAUCAGAGCAAUAAAAGAAAUGGCCAGGGUCUUAGUUCCUGGAGGCCAGCUGAUGAUUUAUGUCUGGGCUAUGGAACAAAAGAACAGGCGCUUUGAGAAGCAAGAUGUGCUUGUUCCCUGGAACAGGGCUUUAUGCUCCCAGCUCUUCUCAGAACCCAGCCAGCCUGGGAGAAAGAAGCAGUGUGGACAUCCGGAAAGAAGCCAUCCCUGUCGUCCUCCUUGCUCUGUGUGUAGCUGUUCUGGUUGUUUUAAAGAGCAGUGUGGUUCAAGACGGUCCCACAGCAUAGACUAUGAACCAGUGACGGCUGGAACCUGUUGUGCAAAGGUUUCUAGGGAAGGAGAGGAAGAAAAUGGAUUCUAUAACACGUUAGGAAAAUCUUUUCGUUCCUGGUUUUUCUCCAGAUCUUUGGAUGAAUCAACUCUGAGGAAGCAAAUUGAAAGAGUGAGACCCUUGAAAAGCACAGAAGGAUGGACCAACAGCACUGUGUUGGUCCAGCCCUCCAGACGCUCUAGCUUAGACUUAGAUCACCAAGAGCCAUUUUCAACAACAGAGCAAAAUUUAGAUGAAGAAGUGUUUGUGGAAAGUUCUCAGAAACGUUCGGAAGGGCUGAAAGCACCAGCCGCCAGGAAACACCUAAAUGGAGACCAUCACGGUGAAAUGAGGAGAAACGGAGAGGGGAAUUUUCCGGAGAGCACCAAUACAAAUGAGAAUUGGGCGUGUGCAGGUAACUUAGAAGAAGGUAACCCUUCUGCUAGGAAGAUAUUGAGAAGGAUUUCUGCAGUCGGUUCCACAGAUUCCAACCCAGAUGACGCAAUUUCUGUCGAAGAACAGCCCGACGUUUUGGAUUCCAGAGCCUUUAUGCGUUACUACCACGUGUUUCGAGAAGGUGAGCUCUAUGCCCUGCUGAAGGAGAAUGUGUCAGAGCUCCACAUUCUGAGCUCUGGGAACGACCAUGGCAACUGGUGUAUCAUUGCAGAGAAAAAGGAAAAUUGUGAUUGACCGGAACAUUUUAGACAACUCUUCUAAAAGGUGAACCACGUUCUUUUCACCAGGUUUGGUAUAGUUACCCGAAUUUGCGUCCAAUUUUAUUAUUUCUUAAUCCAUUUAUGCUUUGGUCUGUAGAGACUAUGAAUUGAUCAUCUUUUUAAUGUUUGGGUACACACAGACCAUGGCAUCUAAAGCAAUUGCCAAAGGGUAUUUGUGGUUAAAUGUCAAUAUAAGAGACCUGAAGAAGCAAUAUAAAACAAACUUCAAUAUAGUUUGGAAUUUUUUCCCCUGAAAGGUGAAAUUAUUAUAAAAAUAGAUGUAGAUUGUUUUUCAGUAUUAUACAUUGAUUUUAAAAGAUUCUGAUUUUAAGUAUUCCUUCUAAAAACAGAAUUUUUAUACAGUAAAGGGGCAAUUUCUGCUUCUUGGGUUAUAAUUUAGAUCUGUGUGCAAGAUGACAGGUAAGCCUGUUUCAAUGCAUAGAUGUAAAUUGAACCAUAUGAUACAUUAUUUUGUUGCCAAGGCCUUGCUGUUACUUAAAAGCUGCAGAAAGUGAGAGACAGUGGAGAGAGACAAGAAAUGUUACACAGACUUUUCUAAAUGAUAAGAAAACUUGCUUCAAGAUAAGUAAAUAAUAAGGUUUCAGUGUUGCUCAGAAGGUUUUUAGAGGCGCUGUUAGCAUGUAGAUGUGGGUUCUAGAAGUUACUGCAAGUACCCAGGUAUUUUUCUAACCUUAUUAGAAGCAGAAAUAUCAGUUAUGAUAAGACCAAGAUUGACUAAUGGGGAGUUUUCCUCUAGAAGGAUGCUUUUCUUAUGAAUUGAAGGGAUAUUUAGGAAAUGAGAAUCUGGCUGAAGCACU